UAGUCGCUCCUCCUUCCACCGAAGCACCCGAAUCCGAUACCCGAAAUCUAAGUGUUUAGCGACCUAACUUCUCGUUCGCCUGAGAUGGUGUUAUUUCUCAUUUCACUCUCGGCUCUGGCUGCCAGUUAACAGAUCCCUCAAGGAUUUCUCUGAUUUCGACGUCGAGUGUAAAGGCAUAGGGGAGCUUUACUGCAAGACCAACUCAUCAAGCAGGGCCGAAAGUUGGCCUUAGUGAUUCGACGAUGUCGAGUGGAAGUACCCGCGCUCUUUCGCUAUUAUCAAAGAGGUUGUAUCUACAACUAGAAUCUAUGCCGAUGGCAUUCAGGGGUCAUUGGAGAUCAUACAACUCGAAAAUAGACCUGAAGAAGCUUAGGCCAAUGAUACUCAAGAGAAUUGAGAAUCGAGCCAAGGAUUAUCCAGUGCCUGGAAUGAUUCCAGUGGCUGAAGAGGUUCUCAAGGCCAGAGAACUGCUUUUCCAAGGAGUCUUCACCCUUCUCAAACUAUUCCCCAUAGUUGCUUGCAAGUUUUGUCCAGAGGUAUACAUUGGUGAGAAAGGUCAUUUAAUCCAGACUUGCCACGGAUACAGGCGCAUUGGAAAGAAUCGGGUUCAUGAAUGGGUCCAUGGUGGCUUGAAUGACAUAGUUGUCCCUGUAGAAGCUUUUCAUAUGCACAACAUGUUUCAGGGUGAUUUCAAACACCAGCAAAGAUUUGAUUUCGAACGUGUUCCCGCAAUCGUGGAGCUUUGCAUGCAAGCAGGAGCAGAUGGAACAGAUGAAAUCUUGAGAUCUGGUUCAUUAACCACCGAAGAAAAAUCUUGUGGUGGAAUCAGUGGAAUCGAGUCUUUGUCCGAUGAUGAUAUAAGGGUGGUAGCAAAUGGCACCUUGAAGGCAUGGGAGAGACUUAGAUCCGGUGUUAGGAAGCUGCUCACGGUCUAUCCUGCAAAAGUUUGCAAACAUUGUUCCGAAGUUCACAUUGGGCCAUCUGGCCUUCAAGCUCGUCUUUGUGGAGUAUUUAGUUAUGAGAGUUGGCGUGGCUCCCAUUAUUGGAUAAAGGCCAAGGUUAAUGACUUGGUCCCCCCAAAGAUGGUGUGGCGGCGACGGCCUCAGGAUCCAAAAGUGCUUUUGAACGAAGGUCGGGAUUACUACGGGCAUGCACCAGCGGUGGUUGAUCUGUGUUCAAAAGCAGGUGCUAUUGUUCCAAGCAAGUAUUUAUGUAUGAUGAAAGUGAAUGGCUUACCUGGACCUAAUACCUAUUACUAGAUAUUUGUAUAGGAA